AUGGCCAACUUCCUCAAGCUCACCACCAUUCUCUCCCUCAUGAUACCUUCACUAGUCCUAGCUCUGCAUUCUCAAAUGGGCUUCUCAUCAUCCGAGCUCGAAGAGAAAGAAGAGUAUGUGCUUGACUCUCCAAACCCUAGUUUCAAAUCCAGAAGCAGGUUCUUGGCCAGCAUCAUAAAAAAAGGUGCACAUUGUGAUCCUAUCAAGCACAACAUUUGCAAUGGGAUUUCAGCAAACAAAGGGACCAGCAUUCUCCAUUGCUGCAAGACACAUUGCAGAAAUGUUCUUGGCGAUAAGAAUAAUUGUGGGAAAUGUGGGAACAAAUGCAAGCUUGGCAUGCAUUGUUGCAAUGGGACUUGUAUCAGUACUACUUUCAAUGCCAACAAUUGCGGCAAGUGUGGUAAAAAGUGCAAGUAUGGUGUUAAAUGCGAGUAUGGAUAUUGUGGGUAUGCUUAG